CUUUUUACUUAGUUGAAUGACUGGUUAUAGCGUUUGGUCGUGUCGCGUUUUUUUAUAACUUCUAUUGCACGUACUACAAAAUAAUAGAAAAAUGUACAAUUUCAAAAGUGACAUGUCCCACAAGGACCCUCAAUAUGUUGUCGAAGUGAAAAAUAGAAACCCCUACCGUACUGAUCCAUGGAUAACCUGGAAUAUUCCGUUCUGGAAAUUUAAAGAAAGCGAAAGAUGGAACGGUCAGCAUCGUUUAUUGACGAAAAUUGACAGUCCAACCAUUUCGGCCUGUACCACAGCAACCAAUCUAUCUUCGUUAGAUCUUCAACAUCACCCUUUUGGGUCCUUAACGUUACACAAUAGCAGGAGAAUGGUGACUGUGGACGAAAAUUUAAGGGUGGCGCAACCCGAAAUUCAACCGCUUAAAAACAAGGAAAAGCUGGUUGAAAAUGAUGAGUCCAGAAAAGGGUCAAUCAACGACGAUGGUAGCGUUUGCAGCAUAAACAUUUAUAAGGAAACAACCGUCCAGAAACCGUCAAUACUUCGACAAGUAAGUGGCAAAAAUCAUUAAUUCCCUAUAUAAGAUCCAAGUAGACGACCAUUACUUUUACUUAUAAUAAAACAGAUUGAAGUUAAUUGAAUAUCCUGUUAAAUCAAACUUCAACAUUUUUCAAGAGAUACAUUCUAUCUAUAUAAAUAAAAUUGAUGUGUCUGUCUGCUAUAUUAAAAUAACUGCAUUUUUUAAGUUCAUAUGCUUAUUUAAAUACUCGAUCCUUAAAAAAUUAUUGUCUAUUGUACAAGCUAAUCUUCGAAAGGAACAAAAUGAUUUCGAUGAAACUUAGGAGACAUGAAUAUCAGGAGAAAUCUAAAAGUAAUGCCUGUUUAAUUGGUUAUUGUUUAUAAUAAUUGUAUUUAUUAUAAUCAACGCGAAAUAAGUCGCGGAUCAAAGCUAGUAUGAAGUAGAUUUAUAAAUGUUCUCUUGACAAUGAGACUGAUUAGAGAUUUCUCUGCUUUGGUGAAAAUUGUUACUUUUUUGUGGUGCAAUGUCUAAGAAAAUAAGCACAAAGUUCAUUUCAAUAUUAUCUAUCAAAUAACUGACCAGUUAGUUGACUACUUACGAAAUACAAUUAACUAAAUCAUAGAAAUAAAUUCAACUCUUACCUAAACACCUAUUUGUUCAUAAUAUUGAAACGAAUCAAAUACCUAAAAAAGAAUCUGUAUUUGUCUGAUUUUACCUGAAAAUACUGAAGCUAUCGUCAUAAAUUUUACGAAGACACUAACGCUGGGUCUAACUCCAAUAGUUCUGAAGUUACGAUAAUGUUGACAUUACAGUAUAAAAAAUCUAAAGCCUAAAAGUCGCUAAUACAAUUUUUUUUUUAAUAACACGUCAAUUCUCAAAUAAACAUCUUUUUUAAAUAUGUAUAUUCAGUAUGCAUUAAAUAUAUCCAAGUUUGAGAUACUAAUUUCAGUUACAAUUCGUAACAUUUAUUUAGUUUUAAAAAAGAAAUAAUUCAGCACUGAAUUACAGUAUUUUAAAUUAAGCGUGUAGGUUAAUAGAAUUGUUUGUAUCUUAUGAAAUAAUUAUUUGGUAUAACAAAUCAUAUUAAGGUUAUUAUGCCGUUACUUAUAUAACUUAUAAAAGAUUUUGUCUACUAAGGAACGUCAAUGUAAUGAUAUUCGUUAAACGCAAAAGAUCAUUUUUAGAAAAUGCGAAAAUCAAUUAUUUAAGUGCACAUCAAGUAUGCCACUAUUUAUAAGGACGGCAACUCAUGCGGUAAAGAUAUUAUUUUUUUAUAUGGAUAUACUUUUGUUUUAUUAUUAUCAUACGGUAAUUUUCUGUGUUGCGAAAUUCAUAAAAAAAGUACAUAUAUUUAUAGAAAAAUGCCUAUUCCGCCGAUUGAUUUAUAUAUUAAAUGCACCUAUAUCAAGUUCGUAAAUGAAAGUGAAUUCAAGUUUUUUAGGCGAAGAAAAAAUGUAAGUGGGACGAUUUAAUUCUUUACACGCACCUGCAUCAAGUGCAUAGUUUGAUUGAUUUUCCAUGAACACCCUUGAGGCUUCACCUAUUCAGGUAACCGUAAGGUUACAAGUACGAGGACGAGACUGAUCUGGGCGUUUUUUAUCAAGAAAUUCUCAAACAGAACUGUAUUUGGCAUUUAUAAAUUUUUGGGUGGUAAAAAUCCCGGAGAUAACGUCGCUGUCUA